AUGGCCCCCAGGGGCGGCCGCAGCGGCGCGGUGGGCGCUGGGCGGGGAGUCCACGGGAGAUCGCCUCACGUGAGAGCUGAAAAGGGAAGAACCGGGACGGCGUCGGGAGCUGAAGGAGGUGGGUUCCCGCCCGCUCCCCGGGACCACCGCCUCGGCAGCGGCGCAUUCCAAAGCGCCGUGUACCCCGCUCCACCGGGGCUCCUGAGGGGAAGGCGGCAGGACUACAAGUCCCAGAGUGCACCGCUGCGCGCCGCCAGCGGCGAGGGUCUGGCGGGGGCGCGGGGGCUGCCGAGAUUUGUAGUCCCGCGCGUUGGGGUGGGGCGGGUCCGUCGCGGGAGCAGCGCUGAGGUAAAGAUGUGCCCAGGGCGGCUGGGCAGGCAGCGGGGCGGGGAGGUCGGAGCCCUCCGAGGGCUUUUCCACCAUGAGGACGCGAUACCUGCUCCCCGCUCUGCUGAGCCUCUCGCUGGCGCUCCUGAGGCCUGGCGGGCUCCACUAAAUGAGACACUGGUGAUAACUCUUAACAUUACACACUCCUCAAAGCACAGCACCAUUGUUGAACUUCCUGAUGAGGUACAGUUCCCUGCAGGUCACACUAAAGCAGACUUCCAAGUGAAAGCAGAUGAUGUGGGACAAGUAACAGUUUACCUUUAUGCUAAUAAUUCCAACUUAACUGGGCCUAGGAUUCAAUUUCACGUGAUUCACAGCAUCAUAGUGAGAUAUGCUGAUGAGGUGAUUGGCUGGAUCUAUUUCGUCGCCUGGUCCAUCUCUUUUUAUCCUCAACUCUUUGAGAACUGGCGACGGAAAAGUGUUGUUGGACUAAGCUUUGACUUUAUAGCAUUAAACCUUACUGGCUUUAUAGCAUACAGUGUGUUUAAUAUUGGGCUCUUCUGGAUUCCCUUGAUUAAGGAGGAAUUCCUGGUCAGUUAUCCCAGCGGGGUGAACCCUGUGGCCAUCAAUGAUGUUUUCUUCAGUCUCCACGCAGUAGCCCUGACUCUCCUCACCAUCAUCCAGUGCUGCCUCUACGAGAGAGCAGGUCAGAAAGUAUCCAAAGUUGUUGUUGGACUCCUGGCACUUGCGUGGAUCUUCACCUUCACAACGCUGUUCCUGGCUGCAGCUGAGGAGAUGACAUGGCUGCAGUUCUUGUUCUGCUUCUCCUACAUUAAGUUAGCAGUCACACUGAUAAAAUACUUCCCACAGGCCUACAUGAAUUUCCGUCGGAAGAGUACUGAGGGAUGGAGUAUUGGAAAUGUGUUACUGGACUUCACUGGUGGAAGCUUCAGCCUUCUCCAGAUGUUUUUGCAGUCAUACAACAAUGAUGAGUGGAGGUUAAUCUUUGGAGAUCCAACCAAAUUUGGCCUGGGUGUUUUCUCCAUCAUCUUUGAUAUUGUUUUCAUGACCCAGCACUACUGCCUGUACAGGAGACGAGGGUAUGAACCUUGUGAAUAACAAACGUCACUUGUGAAGACUCAGACUUCAAACUGAACUUGUCCCUUCCCUGUCUGAGGGCUUUCAAGAUUCUUGCUGCCAGUUACCAGAAAUCCUGAUGCUGAUCUCUGUGAUUUGAUCCUCUCUGGGAACACAAACUUGCCUUGCCAAGGACUGCCAGAUGCCUUAAGGACAACAAGCUCUCAGCUGCACAUGGGACACUCGUGCCUGUGGAAGCUGCACACACAGCUCAUGGGAGCUGUCCAAGCAACACAUGACUCUUCUUUCACCAACCACAGGGAAGAGAAAGACCAAAUGAUGUCUUUCCGAUUGGAGGUGAAGCACAAAGAGCAGAGCUCUGUCUUCCAAAAAUCUGAGAUAACGUUUAAGCAACUACUUAAUAUUUUUAAAUAAUGACUGGAGACUGUCUGUGGAUCCAAGUGGUGCUGCUGAUCUUUCCCAGACAGCUCACAGUCCACCACCACUCAGGCUGGCCACAGUGGUGCAUCACAAUAAUGAGGUUGGUAACAAAUGCACAAAUAUUACAAAUUGAACUCUUUAUUAAAAAAAAUCCUAGCAAACAGAAA